GGAAGCAAGUUUUCCUAGAAUUAUUCUCUCUUUGCACACACAGACUAAUCUACUUCAGCAGGGAAAAAAAGUAGCUCCCUCUCCUAAAUGUUUUUGGGCAGUUUUAGGCAACAGAUAUUACCAGUGUGAGAGAAGAUAUUUUGAUCAUUAUGUUGUUUUCAUUUGACCACAGGCACUAAGGAAUUUUACUGCCACAGAGAGCCUGUUUCUGUCCUGACAUGGACCUGGUUCAGUCAGCCUCCCCAGACAUCACAAACAUUCAGGGCUCCUUCAAGAAAGUACCCAGUGUCCUGAGCAGUCCCGUGGAGGAGCCCAAAAAAAGACGUGCUGUCCCCAGUCACCUGCUGGAAUCAAAGAUUUAUUCAGAACAUCAGAGAAGCAGGGUUGUACAGGCUGAGCCUGCUGUGUUGCACUAUGGAGGAUAUGAAGUUGGAAAACAUCACCAACAGAUGCUGAAGCUGAUAAAUAUUUCUACCAAUGCAGUAAACCUUCACAUAAUACCACCCCAGACAAUGUACUUUCAGAUCAAAUACAACAAAACACACCGUCUUGUACCUGGCUUGUCCCUUGUGGUUACUGUUGAUUUUUGCCCUGAUGAAUGGAGAUAUUACUAUGACUGCAUCCGGAUUCACUGUGAGGGAGAUGAUACUUUAAUUGUUCCCAUGCAUGCUUACCCUGCUAUGAAUGUUGUAGAAUUUCCAUCAUUUAUAAAUCUGUCUGAUGUAUCGAUUGGUCAGAGUAAGGAGUAUGUUAUCCCAUUGCAGUGCAGCUGUCCCAUAGAUUUUGAAUUCCACAUUGAUAUUAUUCAGCCUCACAGAGCCUUCACUGUCCAGCCAACAUUUGGAAUCAUUCCAGGCAAUGGAAAAGUCAAAGUAACUGUGAAGUAUUCCCCACUUGAGUAUGGAACAGCUCAAAUGGCAAUGCAGUUACGGAUUUCAGAGUUUCACUCAAAACCCUACGUGUGUGUAUUCACAGGAACAUCAAUACCACAUCUGGCUCUGACAAAAGGCUAUUUUGAUGAACAACAAAGUCAUCCAGAGAAAAAAGCUGUGCCUGGAAAACCCGUGCUGUGGAGAAGAGACCGGGUCAGCCAACUACAGUCGAAGCCUAUUCAAAAACUAAAGGAAAUUGAAUACCAGAACCUCAGAUUCCCCACAGACUUGUCAAAUCCAUAUGCUGUAGCUACUGUUUUGAUUCAGGAGCCAGGCAAAUUGAAGUUAAAGGACAUAAAGGAAGCCCUUUCGCAAGGCAAAGAAAUGAGAAAAACCAGACAGAUGAAGGAUGCUAUAUUUCAACAAAAAGUCAAACAAAAUGUUCAGGAAGAGGAAGCAAAUCAUCUAAAGUGGCAAGUUCAUAAGGGAAGUGAUCCAAUCUCUGUGGAGUUUAAAAAAGAGAUUAUUGAAAACCGACAAAGGGAAGAAGAGCAAUACAAGCUUCAAAGAGGAGAUCCUAUCAUAGGACAGGAGUUUCAGAGGGGUGAAGUAGAAGUUUCCUUCAGACGUGUUACCCGGCAUGUUGACCAGCAACCAAGUGUCCAUCCCACAUUCGACUUGCUCCAUAAUAACCCUUGGGACAGCAGAAAGAGGAUGUUCAGGAAAUUCCAACAAGCAGCAUACAAGAUUUUGGUUCAGAUUCGUCUAAAUCGUUUAUUGCUUCUGUUCCGUGGACUGACCAGGGAAGCCGGAGGUCUGGAGGAAGGGUCUGUGCCUGAAAGCAAGAGUUUCAGCAAAGCAGAGAAGAGUGAAGAACAUAAGGACUUUUCUUUCAGCAUAUCUGAAGAUCGUAUAUUGCCUUUUGAAUUCCCCUUUUUCAGUUCCCGUGAACUAGACAGUUUUUUGGCACCUGAUGCUCUUGGCCUAGUUCCUAUUGAAUCUGUGGACGUGAAAGUCGAACACGUUCUUCCAUUUCAUGACUUGAAGGUUCCUCAGCAUUGCAAAAUUAUGAAGUAUCAGCCAUUUUGUACACACUAUGCAGCUACAAGUUACAAACCUGUAAAACUUUCUCGACCACUGAGGCAGGGAGCCCAGGAUGAAUUGAUUCAAGUAGUUCCUUCUCCUGAGGGGCAGCUCUCUCAGAGGAAAGAUUUUGACAAAAAAGCAGCAGAAGAGGAUAUUAGCCUGUUAGACCUGGUUCCUCCCCGAGCUUUAGUCCACCCAACAGAGAGCAACCCACUUCGCAUUUUUAACCCCAUUCCAGGAUUAGUUCCAUUUUUACUUCCUUUGACCUAUUGUGAAUCAAAUAUUGAAUAUCAUCUUUGUCCUCAUCCAAAAUACACCUUCACCAAGGAAUGUCCCAAAGGAUCCAGUAUUCCAGUCACACAAAAGAAAUUUCUGGAUCACAAGGAAGUGAUUUGUGGAGUAAUGGAAUGGAGAAAAUUCUCACCACUGGAGUAUUCCACUUUUUCUAACAUUGCCACAUUGACAAAUACAACACUGAGGGAUCCUUACAGUUUAGAUAUGCUUCCAAGAGAUGUACCACCAGUGCUGAAUGACUUACCUGAAAGAGACAAAGAGAACAUAAUUGACCAUGAGACAGAUGAAGCUGAGUUCAUCAUGAUUCUUACUCCAGAGAUGGUGAAAGCUGAAUUUCCACAGACUGGGGGUGCACUCUCAGAAAAAGAUGAAGAAGAAUCAGCAAAAAAAGAAAGUGAUACAGUGCUGGAUGGAGCUUUUCCUGGGAGAGUAAUUUUAGACCCACACAAUGGUCCAGAUGGACAUUUUCAACUCCAGAACAGCAAGAACAGAGAGAAAGUUCGAAAACAUCUGGAGACAUUGAAGCUGAAAGCACUCAAUAAAACCCUUAUUCUGGGAUAA